UCCAAAAUGGCUGAAUACAAUAAUUCGUUCGCCCUGUCACUUUUGUUUGUUGUCAGUUAAUUAGUGUCAGCUUCUUUGUUUAGUGUAGCUGUUUGGCAUGCCAUGGAGCAGAGUGAAAGACGGAGACUCUGGGUUGGGAACAUCGACGAAAAGAUAUCUGAAUACAGCUUGUUGAAGCUCUUGAGACGUCACGGUGAAAUCGCACAAUUUGACUUCCUUUUUCACAAGACGGGACCAAGUGAGGGCAAACCAAGAGGUUACUGUUUUGUCAGCUUUAAGACUCGGGAGGAGGCUGAACAUGCCAUUCAUGCUUUAGAUGGUAAGCUGGCACUGAGCAAGAAACUCGCUGUGAAAUGGGCCCACUCUCAGACAUCAAGCUAUAAGACACAAGAACAGCAGAUCGAGGAAGACAAGAAUACUCUUGCCCCGGACAAGCUCCCAAGUAGCUUUGGUGGCCACCAGGCUGCAGUGGCAGGCACAAGCACAAAGAAACACGCGUGCAAAAAUAGCAACGAUGCUAAGAUCCGAGCUAUCGAGAGUAAACUAAGACAGAUGGAGCGUGCCAGCAAUGACUUCAAUAUCGUACCAACGUACUCAGCUGCAAGCCAGCAGCAACCCAAAGGGAAAACUGAUGCCAAACGGUCCAAACCAUACGACAAGAGGUGACACUCGUUCAGAUGCACAAUAAAAACCCGUGUUUUAAGAGGGGUUCCGAGGUCAAAUUCAGUUCUGUGAAGAUAAAGAUAAUAUUUGAUAGAUGAUAAUUUGGCAUCGGGGUAAGGAAUAUUAUUUGAUUUUACCCUUACACUGAUGAUUGUUGGGACUGUAUCUUUGGUAGUUUCUCAAGUUCUGUGAAAAAAAAUUCGCAGGAUUAUACUUGUGUGGCAUUCAAACCCAUAAGUAGGCUACCCAAGACCUUUGCCAAUCUAGAACAGAUGUCUUACCAACUAGACCAGCGAGGUUUCCCGAUAGCUAGAGGCAAUCUUGAAACAUUUUCCCCACUUUCACAAGGACAAGGACUCUAUUGAUGGGAAAAUGAGUGCAUCACAAAACUGAGUUCGAUCUUGGCGCCCCAUCUUUAAUAAGGUAAUAAAAGGGUAGUUCUUAAACGGCCGUUUACAACCGGCAGGGUCGUUGCCGUGUGCCUUUAUCGCACAUUAACGGACCUGCAAGGGUUUAAACGGCAUUUUAAGAACGAGUCACUACUCUUUCAUUCCCAUUCAUAAAUGCCUUUUUGGUUAAAAGGCGUAAUAAAGUAAGAAAC